AUGAAUUUCUUGGUGGUGGCGCAGUUGUUCUCGAUUCUCGGAUCUGGCCUCCUCGCACAGCCGAUAGUCGAGCUCAUGCGUAGUCCUUCUAAGGCGGUCUGGCUUCCUACAUCACUUAACAUUGGAGCUGCCGCCUUGAACCCUACGCUCAGUCAAGCGGUCGACUACUGGGGCCGCAGAUGGAUUCUUAUCGCUACAACUGCCUCCGGUCUGGUCGGUGCGGUCAUAGUAAGUCGGGCUCAGAACAUUGCUACUGUUCUCGCCGGGUUCUGCUUGAUCGCCUUUAUGUUCGGUGGUCAGGCAGCCAGUUUCGCUGUCGUUGGAGAGAUCCUCCCACGGAAGUACAGGGCUUUGGGACAAGCGUCCCUCACCGUGUCACAGUCCGUUGCUGGCAUCUCUGGUGUGCUGUUCUGCGGUGCUCUCGUCCAAAAUGGAGGAGCAGAAGAUUACAGAAUCUACUUCUAUGUCGUUUCGGGGCUCUUCGCCCUGGCGACUGCUGCGAUCGCAAUCCUCUACAACCCUCCUCUUCGUGAACUCCAGACGUCUUUGACCCACUUGGAGAAGCUACAGAGCCUCGACUGGAUCGGCAUCCUGACCUUCACCACCGGUGCCGUUCUCUUCAGCGUAGGCCUGGCGUGGUCAGACAACCCAUACUCAUGGAAAGACGCUCACAUUCUCAGUACCUUUAUCGUCGGCCUGGUCUUGCUCAUGCUAUUCAGCCUGUACGAAUGGAGGUUCAAGAAAGACGGAAUUGCUCAUCAUGGUCUGUUUAGGGACAAGAAUUAUAUUGUCGCACUCACGAGUGCCUUUCAGGAAGGCAUUGCAGUCUUCACAUUUAAUUCUUAUCUUGCAAGGGAGGGCAUAGUGCUUUUUGGGCUCGGCUUCUUCCAAGCCUCUUCACGUUACGCAAUGGUCUACGUCUACGCAAUUGUGCUGAGUUUUGUGUCGGCAUGGUACAUUACGCGCUUCAAGGCGCUCAAAGGACCGCUCGUCUUAUCGCAGUUGGCUCUUCUGCUCAUGUUUGUUCUUAUGGCGACCGUGAAGCCUACCACCUCGGAGAGCGUCCUCUGGGGCUACCCUCUGCUAGGUGGCCUUGGUCUGGGAUGCAUCACGACUGCAAUUUUUGUAGCUGCUCAACUCAGUAUCACGGGAGAGUUGAUCGCCAUCGGCACAGGUCUGGUAGCCGCAGCGAGGGCACUGGGCGGCCUGGUUGGGUUGGUGGUCAACAAUGCCAUUUUUAACAGCGCUGUUCAGAGACACGUUCCCACCGGAGUUGCGGCAGCCGUAUCACCACUCGGCUUGGAUCCAGCACAACUGGGAAAUUUCAUUCUCGCUCUGGGAACCGCAAAUCCGGAAGCCAUCGCCGCAAUUCCUGGUGUAACCCCUGAGAUGAUCGGUGCUGCUACACAAGCACUACGACAAGCGUAUUCUAUUGCCUUCCGCAAUGUUUGGGUUGCGGCUGCAUGUUUUACUGUUCCCGGCGUCAUCAAGGCCUUCAAUGCCCACAUCGAUGCACCGGUCGAGGCAAAGUUGGUAAAAUUACAGGCGGACGUGGAGAACAGAACCAGUGACGAACAAGCGCGCCCACGAGAAGAGAAACAGGCGCUGCAUAUGCCUUUGACUUCACCGUCUAAACAAGUCAAUAGCUGA